AUGAAGAGGUAUGUUUAUGAUGAUGAAUAUGAUGAAAUUGACAACUACGACGAAAGUGACUACGACGAAAGUGACUAUGAUGAAAGUGAUGACAAGAAUGAAGACGAAGAUGUCAACAAAGAUGAUGACUAUGACAAUGAGAAUGAAGGCGAGGAUGUCGACAAAGAUGUCAAUGAAGAUAUUGAUGAAGAUGAUGACAAAGAUAUCAACAAAGAUGACAACAAAGACAAGAAGGCCAAGGAAAAAAUGAAGUUGGAGAAAAAGUUGAUUGAUAAUUUUGUUUCGAGAUUUAAGGCAAUAAAUGUGGAUAACAAAUGGAAACUUCCUUCAGACACUGAUUGUCAAGAAGUUAUGGAUCUGUUUAGUCCUGAGGAAAAGGAGACAAUUUUAAAUACUAGUAAAAAGUCUUUUCCAGCUGUACAAGAUGAUAUUAAAAAAUAUGUCAUGAAAUAUUACAAG